AUGAGUGAAGAAUCUCCAGUUGUUGUGCCUGAACAUCAAGGCGAAUCCGGCGACGCUGUAGAAGUGAAAAAGGAAGUUGGAGAACUUUCCUCAAGUAUUGGUGAACUUCUGGAAGGCGGAAAGCAAAAAUUGGCGGAUGCGGUGGAAAACGUAAGUUUUUUGCUUUAUUUUGAGUAUUACUAGGUAACAAAAUGAUAAUUUGGUCAAGAGAAAAUUAGAUAAGGAGGAAAAUUUGGAUGUAUAGGAGAAUCCUUGGCGCGGUUCGAUUCUAUUUUGUAUCAUUUAAAUAUAGUUUAUUGAUAUAAUGAGUUUAUUAUACUUAAUGAUUUGUGUUUUAGGUACACCAUACUUUGAUUGAUGCUGAAGAGAGGUUGGAGCACCAACUGACAGAGAAAGGCGCUGCCAUUGCUGAAGGAGCACAUGCUUUGAUUGACAGUGCCGCAGAGAGAGCCAAGGAAUUGAAGGAAAACGUAAGGUUAAUAUAUUGUUGUAUCUUGCUGUGUCACUAGUGCCUUAUACCGAUUACGUGUGUUUAACUUAAUGUUAGACAAGGUUUAUACUAAAAGUCCAUCGUCAUUAAAGCUAGUAUAAUGUUUGUGAAGGUUUUGAUAACAGUUUUGUUUUUAUGUUAUUAUUUAUGUUUAUGAUUUCAGCUCGAUGAAACAGCUGCCAACAGCAGAGACGUCCUUACUGAUGCAGAACAAGCUGUGCAUGACAAGGCCGAGCACUUGGUUGAAAACGUCAAGAGCCUCACUUCUACUGCUACUUCUGAGCUUCAUGAGUACGCAGAAAAGGCAAAAGAAGCGGUAAGUUAAGGUUUAAGAUGUUUUAUCCAAAACAUGUUGUUUUUACAUAAGGUUGCUUUAGGUAUUAAAAAGCUUCUAAUAACCAGGAUAUUGUUAUGUUUUAUUAAUAAUAUUGUUUUAGGUAAGCAACGCUGUCCAAUCAGAGGAAGAGAAGACAAAGGUCGAUGAAGAAGUCGCUGAAAAGAUCCAAGAAGCUGUAGCAGAAGCCGAAGAGAAGAUUCAGAAGGUCAACGACAGUCUUCUCAAUGCCGUAAGUUAUGAUGAUUUACAAAAAUUAUUUUAUUUCAUACACUAGUAUAUUAUUAACAUUACAUUUGGUUAUAAUUAUUACUGUCCUGUAAAUUUACAUUAAAAUCGAUGUAUAAUUUUACAUCUAAUUGAUGAAUACCAAUUUCAGACAGACGACGUUGUGGAACAAGCACGGUCAGAAGAACCUGAUAGCUCGAACGAUGACUCCACGGUGCUGCAGAAGGCUUCAGACGAUGCCGGUGCUGUUGUAGGUUACUUAAAUUUGUAGGGUUUUAUGAUUUACAUUGUUUUAUGUGUCUUUUAAACAAUUAGAUGAUUAUUAUUUGGUUAUAUUAUGUUUUUUAGGUAACACAAGCCAUUAAUGCUGCUGUAGAACAAGUGGAUGCAGUAGUACGAUCCGUUAACGCCGAUAACGGAGAAGAGGAAGAUAAAAAGGACGAAGAACAAGUCAAAGAAGAUGCUGCCAACUUUGUAAGUAGAUAUGUUUGUUUAAUACGUUUAUUUUGGUUUAUGUUUAUUACCUUUGUUCUUUAGGUUGCUCAAAUUAGUGAAGAUGCUGUGAAACAAGUUGAACAGCCUCACCCAGAUCUCCAUGGCGAAUUCACUCAGGAGCAAAUUGACCAAGCCCACAAUGAUGCCAAAGACAUGGUACGUUUGUUUGGCUUUUGUAGUAAAAAUUAGUUCAUAACAUUCUGAAGAAGUUUUUCUUCGUGAAAGGUUGAAAUCAUCAUUGGUUGUGUUAAUGUUAGUCUUUUUAGAUGGAUAUCAUCACCAAAGCAGCCGUAGGAAACGUAGAAGCCUUGCAAGAGAAACUACGUCAAGAAGAAGAAGCGAAGAAAGAUGACGUUGAAGACGAAUUUGUGAAGAACCUUAUCAGUCAUCAGACUCGCACUCCUCCCUCUGAACCAGCUGAAGUUCCAGAAGCAGUAGUUGACCUCACGACCGAGCAAGUCAUUCAAGCAUCUGAACCAGUAGCUGAAGCUGUAGAUCUGACUUCUGAGCCAGCCAGAGAAGCAACUCCAGAACCAGAAGUAGUUGAAGCGUCACCAGAGCCAGUGAGAGAGCCCACUCCAGAACCUGUCAGAGAACCAUCUCCUGAACCUGUCAGAGAGCCUUCACCAGAAACUGAACCAGCUAAAGUAGCUGAAGAACCAAUUGCUGAGCCAGAACCCGUUAGGGAACCGACGCCUGAGCCUGAACCAGUUAGGGAACCAACGCCUGAACCUGUUAAAGUGCCAGAAGUAGCUCAAGAAUCAAGUCCGGUCAGGGAACCGUCUCCAGAACCAGUGAAAGAACCAGAGCCGGUCACUGAAUCUCUACCUGAGCCUGUUAAAGAGCCCGAACCGGUUUCAGAACCCACCCCAGAACCAGAGAAAGAGACGGCUGCUGCUGUCAGUGCUCCAGCUGAAGCUUCUCAACCAGCGGAAAUCAAGGUAGAGGAGAGCCGACCUCAAGUUCAAGCUGAACCUGCUGCUGACGGUAAGUUAUCCUGAACUAUGAAAAUACUUGUUAUUAUAACGUUUGAAUUUUUGAGGUUUCGGCUGAAAAAGUUGAUUUUUUCGUUAACAUAGUCAGUACGAUACUUUCAGAAAGUUCUCAGAACACGAGCGCGAGUCGCCGUCUCACAUUGACGCAGCGUGCCGAAAGCACCAUGCAGAGUGUGCGCCGUCGCUGUGCCAUCCUUUAA